AUGACGAACCAGCUGGAGAGCUUGGUGGAGUCGAUCAAGUCGAAGGUGAGAGCUCUGAAGAAGAAGUCCAAGAAACCCUACAUAAAGAUGGACAAGAGCUCCAGCGUCAAGGUCGAGAUCCGUAGCAAAAAGGCUCGGAAGCUCAUUGACAAGACUCUUAAGCUCGCUGAUCGUCCCGGAAAGCGUUUUGUCUCUUGA